ACCCAAGAAGUAAAAGUUCCGAAUGCAACGGGUCGCACCUACUCUCUUUUCAACUCCCUCCCUCUGUCAUUCCUUCUUGGGAGAGGAGACAUGAAUCAUACUCAGAUGGUGCUCAGUACAAACCCCAACUCUCACCCAAUACAAGAUCUGAGCACUCCACUCAACCCCCAAUUCCAAUUCACCAUGGAGCCACCAAAACCCUACUGGAGAUUCAGCAAGCAUGACUUUUUCCCUGAACCCUCCUUCCAAAACUGCACCACAUACAGAGCUUCACUCUCCCAAACUAUCCAUCGCCUCAAGAACCGCCUCGCUAGCCGCUCCGACGACAACACCGAGCUCGUCGAUCUCCCUAAAGAGAGCGAAAACCAGAUGAAGCGAUGCCUUACUUGGUGGGACCUCAUCUGGCUUGGCUUCGGCUCCGUCGUGGGCUCCGGCAUUUUCACCCUCACCGGCCAAGAAGCUCACGACACCGCCGGACCCUCCAUCGUCCUGUCCUACGCCGCCUCUGGCCUCUCCGCGAUGCUCUCUGUCUUCUGCUACGCUGAAUUCGCCGUCGAAAUACCCGUCGCAGGUGGGUCUUUCUCUUAUCUCAGGAUCGAAUUGGGUGAUUUCAUCGCAUUCAUUGCCGCAAGUAACAUUCUUUUGGAGGCCAUUGUCGGCGCCGCCGGGCUCGGUCGUUCGUGGUCCUCCUACUUCGCCAGUAUCAUCAAUGACGACCCGGACUUCCUCCGAAUUCGGGUGAGUUCUUUUGCUGAAGGUUUUAAUCUUCUAGACCCACUUGCUGUUGUAGUGCUUGUAAUUGUGAAUUCUAUAGCACUGACUGGAACUAGAGGGUCAUCCAUUUUGAAUUGGGUCAGUUCCAUAAUGAGUUCACUGGUCAUUGUGUUCAUUAUAGUGGUUGGCUUUGUUCAUGGCAAGACUUCAAAUUUGGUGCCCUUUUUCCCAUUUGGGGCUAAAGGGGUUUUUGAGGCUGCAGCAGUUGUGUACUGGUCUUAUACAGGUUUCGAUAUGGUUGCAACCAUGGCCGAAGAGACCAAGAAACCGUCUAGAGAUAUACCAGUGGGUUUGGUUGGGUCAAUGUCAAUGAUCACUGUGGUUUAUUGCUUGAUGGCACUGGCACUGACAAUGAUGGUGAACUACACUCAGAUAGAUGUCAAUGCACCCUAUUCGGUUGCAUUUGAACAAAUUGGCAUGACAUGGGCCAAGUAUUUGGUGAGUAUUGUUGCUCUUAAGGGAAUGACUACGAGUUUGCUUGUUGGGUCUAUGGGACAAGCUCGAUACACAACUCAGAUUGCGAGGGCUCAUAUGAUUCCGCCCUGGUUUGCUCUGGUUCAUCCAAAAACUGGAACCCCCAUUUAUGCUACUAUGUUGACCACCACACUUAGUUGUAUUGUUGGUUUUUUCUCCAGCUUAGAUGUCUUGUCCAGUGUUUUAUCUCUAAGUACACUUUUCAUUUUUAUGCUCAUGGCUGUUGCAUUGCUUGUGAGGCGAUAUUAUGUGAAGGGUGUUACUCAACAGGGGGAUCUGGUCAAAUUUAUUGUGUGCUUAGUGGUUAUCUUUGGUUCGUCGAUUGGGAUAACAGCUAUUUGGAGUUCAAAUAGCAGAGGAUGGAUUGGUUAUACAGUGGCUGGUCUGUUUUGGUUUUUGGGUACAUUGGGAUUGGUAUUGCUUCCGAAGCAGAGAGUUCCAAAGGUUUGGGGGGUUCCACUGGUUCCAUGGUUGCCAUCACUGUCAAUUGGGAUGAAUCUGUUUCUGAUAGGAUCUCUAGGUAGGGAAGCAUUUUGGAGGUUCUUCAUAUGCAGUGCUGUAAUGCUAGUUUACUACCUGUUUGUUGGUCUCCAUGCAACUUAUGAUGUGGCUCAUCAGGAUCAACUAGAAUCUAAAACUGAGGAAGGAAGAGGAAAUACCAGUCAGGCAACGUUAUAGCGGGUAUGAUGGCAAUGGCAUGCAAUGUUGAUAGCUUUAUUCUUUUGAUGAUUUUGUUGUUAAUAUUUAGCUCUAGUGAUAUCUCAUCCUCAUUUCAAAUGGAAGGUUGAGGAGGGUUUAGUGUUCUGGGACAAUAGAGUGGGCAUGUGUGUGAGUGAGUUAAGUGGUGGAGUUACCGACCAAAAGAACGAAAAAUAUAUCUCCUCCUCGUUUUUCAUAUAUUCCUUGUAUUUUAUGGUUCAUUUGGUAAGACUUCUAUUUCAGUAACAUAUUAUUUAUUCCCCAA